CUAGAGUUUAGUUUUAAAGCGAGAGAGAGAUAAAGAGCGAAGAAGAUCAAAACGAACCAUCUUCGUUGCUCUUCACCAGCUUAUUUAAUAUGGAAGAAAGACAAAACAGUAUAUUCAAUUACAAUAGCUCAGAAUCAGACUCGUACAACGCUUUUCGACAUUGAUAAGCUGUGUUUUGUAUUAGAUUAAGCUUACAACAAUUUAACAACCCUUGAUUAAAGGGUUGGGCAUCUUACGGGACAAUGCCUCGUAAAGGAAAUUUCGGACUUGAUUACAAUGAUGAAGAGUACGAUGUCUAUGAAGAUUAUGAUUAUGACCACGACGAUGAUUUUGGAAUAGAAACUAAUGGCAAAGAACCUGAGUUAAAGCAGGAAACUGUAAGGCGUGAUAUUUGGCGUUGUUCCAUUUGUACAUAUGAUAAUGAGGAGAGUUUGACUGUGUGUGACAUUUGUGGGGUUCUUCGCAAACCUUUGGGUAGAGUUGGAAGCAAUAUCGAUAAGAAAACAGCUCCUUUCAAGUUUGAUGUUCCAUCUCCAGAUGAUGUGGUUUCUAAUGGAUUGCGAUCCUCCAAAGUGGGUUCAAAAGCCAGUGCUAGUGACUUACAAUCUUCAGGAGUUUCCUCGAAGGCUGCUAAGAAGAUUAGUGCGGUUAGUGCACAAUCAAGUGCUGAAUGGUCAGAUAGCUCAUCUACCGCGGCACGAAAAGACCAACAACCUAGAUUAGAUAAGGCAAUUCAAUCAGGGAAUUGGGCAACUAUACAAUCAAAUGGUAAUUUGGCGAGCAGUUCAUCCUUUCAGCCAACAAGCUCUCAUAUGGAAGAGGGCAUUAGUUCUUUAGCGAUUGGAGGCAAGCCAGAGUCUCUGACUACUAGCUCUAAGAACAUGUCUUCAGAUGCUAGAUCUGGGCCUUCUAAAAUUACUAACUCUAGGGGAUCACAUUCAAGAGCAGACUACAAACCUGAAAAAUGGAUGCUUCCUGAUGAAGCUGUUGAUACAUUGACUCAACUGAAUCUUGCAAUUGUUGGACAUGUUGAUUCUGGAAAAUCGACACUCUCAGGUAGACUGCUUCACCUUUUGGGACGAGUAUCAAAAAAAGACAUGCACAAAUAUGAGAAAGAGUCAAAGUCACAGGGAAAGGGCUCAUUUGUGUAUGCUUGGGCAUUGGAUGAGAGUGCAGAAGAAAGGGAAAGAGGAAUAACUAUGAAUGUGGCCGUUGCAUAUUUUGAUUCCAGAAAGUAUCAUGUUGUUGUGCUCGAUUCCCCUGGCCAUAAAGACUUUGUUCCAAACAUGAUAUCUGGGGCAACACAAGCUGAUGCUGCAGUACUUCUUGUAGAUGCUUCAUAUGGUGCAUUUGAAGCUGGUAUAAAGGGACAGACAAUGGAGCAUGCACAACUUAUCAGAAGCUUUGGUGUUGAUCAAAUUAUAGUUGCGGUUAACAAGAUGGAUGUUGUUGAAUACUCCAAGGAUCGAUUUGAUGAAAUCAAACUGACUCUUGGAAAAUUUCUCCGUUCCCGUGGUUUCAAAGAUUCUUCAGUGUAUUGGGUUCCAUUGAGUGUCAUGGAAAAUCAAAAUUUGGUAUCAGCUCCUUCUGAGGCUCGUUUGUUGUCUUGGUAUCGUGGACCUUCCCUGUUGGAUUCAAUUGAUUCCCUUCAACCUCCCACAAGAGAUUUUCAAAGGCCGCUGCUCAUGCCAAUAUGUGAUGUUAUCAGAUCUACUUCUCUAGGACAUGUGUCUGCUUGUGGUAAAUUGGAAGCAGGUGCUCUUCGAAGUGGAUCAAAGGUUCUGGUUAUGCCUUCGGGGGAAAUAGGGACUGUCCGCUCUUUGGAACGAGACUCUCAGGCAUGUUCCAUUGCAAGAGCUGGUGACAAUGUGGGUGUUACUCUGCAAGGCAUUGAUGGUGGUCAUUUGAUGGCAGGGGGUGUGCUUUGUCACCCUAAUUUUCCGGUUGCAUUUGCAAAACAUUUGGAAUUAAAAGUGCUUCUUUUGGAUGUUGCCACCCCUAUGUUGAUGGGCUCUGAAGUGGAAUUUCACAUACACCACACGAAAGAGGCUGCAAGAGUUGUAAAGAUAUUGUCAUUAAUAGACGCAAAGGGCAAAGUGACAAAAAAGUCUCCUCGCUGUCUUCUUGCAAAGCAGAGGGCUGUUAUAGAGGUACUUUUGCAAGGGCCAGUUUGUGUGGAAGAGCAUACAAAUUCUAAAGCUCUAGGGAGCGUAUCUCUGAGGGCAUCAGGAAACACUGUCGCCCUUGGUGUAGUAAGCCGGAUUAUAAAGGAGCAGGAGUAGUUCGAGCAGAGUUAUGGUUGUCAUGGGAGAAUGGAACCAUUUGUUCAUGUACACUGAUUGCGGCGAUGGGUUUAGCUCAGUUUUGGCUGAAUGGUGGUUUUGUUUUGGGGUUGAUUGUUGUAUGUACAUUAAGCAGUCUUGGAUCAUCUGCACAAGAUGUUCACCACUUCAAGUGGUUUGUGUCUUUUGUGAUAGGGGAGUGAAGCCGAUACGGAUUCUGUAUUAUUUAUUGGUUCUUUCAUGCUUGUAGAAGCAAGUCUUAAGUGAUCAAUAAUGAUCUCAAAUAGAAAUUCA